AUGGAAACUGCACAAAUCAUUAUAAUCGUACUAAUCAUUUCUGGGAUUGUUUGUAUUAGUGUGUCUUUAGGGACGGGUAUUAUGAGCUUGUUAGAAGAUUAUUGGAUAGAUUAUGCCUAUAGCACCACUGUAUCGACCACCGUGUCAGGUCUGCCCGCCACGGUGGUGGCUGUGGCCAAAGCCAACAUCGGCCUGUUUACUACCUGUUAUAACAUCGAUACGACAACCACCGUCAGUACAGGCUUCAGUACGAUCACCACCAACCAGAACUCUAAUGCCUGUGUUGGCUCUGAAACCACAGGUUACAUCAGCAAAGACACAGUAACUCUGAUACAGGAAGUGGGUAAGGCUGCUGCGGCCCUCAUUGGUUUGGCUCUGCUGAGUGGAAUCGUUAUUCUGGUUCUCUUCUUUAUCAACAAGCUCGCCAAACCUGUCUGUUUCGUUUCCCUGACGCCAGCUGUUUUUGCUCUCGUAUCCACUGUGAUGAUUUUGGCGGCCAUUCUGAUUCUUAACGACUCACUGGUUUCCGGAAUGUCCCUGGGAGCCACGGCUACCUUCGGAUACGUUGCCACGGUGUUUGCCUUCGUGUCCACAGUAACGUAUUCAAUUGCAGCAGCUCUCAUCAUUAAAAUGGCCAUCGACGCCUCUAAAACUAAGGUGACGCAAGUCACUCCACAGGACGACGAAAAGAAAUCUCAGUCAGACCUGAAGUGA